CAGAGCAAUCUCCAGAAAACAGCAUGUCUCCUUUGCUCUUUGGUGCUGGGCUGGUGGUCCUGAACCUAGUGGCCUCUGUGAGAAGCCAGAAGACAGAACCCCUCAGUGGCUCCAGGGACCAGCCACUCUUCCGUGGAGCUGAUCGUUAUGAUUUUGCCAUCAUGAUCCCACCGGGAGGCAUAGAAUGCUUUUGGCAGUUUGCCCACCAGACUGGAUAUUUCUAUUUCAGCUAUGAGGUUCAGCGGACACUGGGAAUGUCACAUGACCGGCAUGUUGCUGCUACUGCACAUACCCCACAAGGUUUCCUGAUAGAUACCUCCCAGGACGUUCGGGGUCAGAUUAACUUCUAUACCCAAGAGACAGGUUUUUAUCAGCUUUGUCUAGGAAACCAGCAAAACCACUUUGGUUCUGUACAAGUGUAUCUAAACUUUGGAGUCUUCUAUGAGGGGCCUGAGAUGGACCACGAAGAGAAGAAUGAAAGAAAACAACUGAAUGAUACUCUGGAUGCAAUUGAGGACAGUACUCAAAAGGUGCAGAACAAUAUCUUUCACAUGUGGCGAUACUACAACUUUGCCCGGAUGAGGAAAACGGCCGACUUUUUCCUUCUCCAGUCUAACUAUAACUACGUGAACUGGUGGUCGACAGCCCAGAGCCUUGUUAUUGUUCUUUCUGGAAUCCUGCAGCUAUAUUUCUUGAAACGUCUCUUCAAUGCUCCAGCAACUACUCAGACAAACAAGCCGAGAUGCUAAGCUAGGAAGACUACAGCACCUGUCUCUUUUCUUCUGAG